AUGAUCAGCAGACGGGGAUACGUCUUGGAGAAAGAGAAAGGCGCCAAGGGGAGGACGACGGGCUGGGGGUGGAAGGACAGUGAAAGAAAGAAGAUGCGAUCCGCGUCAUGCGGAGAUUCGGGCGGACAAGGCGUGGCCCGUGCGGCGACUCUUCACCCGGCCGUCCUUCGCCCUUCCGUCAGCCUCGCUCUUCUCUCCCUCACUCUCUUCUCUCGUUUGAUUCCUGCAUCACUCAACCCCAAUGGAGAGUUGAUCUCUCCUACUCUUCAUUCCAACUUUGAUUCCUCCGUGGAAAUGUCACGCAAUGGAUUGGCUGCUGGGUCAGCUACUCCUCGUCCCAAUCACUCCGGAGCCCGCGGCGCUUUUUCUCGCUUCUAUCAGCGAUCCUUUCCUGCGAUUGACUACUUUGCGCUGGGUUUUGUGAUCGCCAGUUGGAUUUUGAUCCAACUUUUUGUGACCCCAUUCCACCGGCUGUUCUCACUUGACAACAAAUCCAUUCGAUACCCCUUUGCGGUAGUGGAACGAGUCUCCGUGGUCUGGUCAAUCGUCUAUGCCGGCCUUAUUCCCUUCCUGAUACUCAUGCUUUGGGUUUCCAUGUUCCGUCCGAAUCGCCAUAAGGUCCAGGUGACCCUGCUUGGGUUCUUUGUCGCCGUGAUGCUCACUUCCCUUCUUACGGAUAUUAUCAAGAACGCGGUGGGGAGACCUCGACCGGACCUGAUCUCGCGCUGCAUCCCCAAGAAGGGGACUCCCGUGGAUACUCUGAUCGAUUGGACCGUAUGCACACAAGCGAACCAACACAUCCUGCAGGAGGGAUGGCGAAGUUUUCCGAGUGGUCACAGCAGCUUUUCUUUUGCUGGGCUCGGGUAUUUGUCCUUCUUCAUCUCCGGCCAAAUGCACGUCUUCCGACCCCGAACCGACCUUUGCCGCUGUCUGAUAGCGCUCACGCCGCUACUCUGCGCCCUGAUGGUGGCCAUUUCCCGUCUCGAUGAUUACAGACAUGAUGUUUACGACGUAACUUCUGGAUCCGUAUUGGGUAUUUUCGUUGCAUUCUUUUCAUAUCGUCGUUACUAUCCCGCGCUGCGAUCCCCGAUUUGCGACAUCCCUCACGAGAAAGAGGAUCUUGUUGGCCCGGAUGGUUUCGCCAAGCUUCCGGGCGACGAAGAGCAGCAAUUGCAGGGCUCCGGACUUCUCUCCCGUCGUUGGGAGUCAGAAGAGUCUUAUCAACUGGGCGAUUCUGCGUCCCCACGGGAAUAG